GGGCUGUUGUCUGUCAUGUGAGGAGGAGGACGAUGGAGGUGGGCAGGGCGUCGUCUAGACACAACGACGAGUAUAAGAGGGGCGUUGGCAACGGCGAGCUAGCCUGCUACCCACCCACCUCACCACUCUCUACCCCUUGACCAACUUACUGACAGCUACCCAACUCACCCCACUCCACCAUGGCAUCCCGCAAAAUCGUAGUGUUCGGCGUCACGGGCGUGCAGGGCACGUCGGUCGCCAAGGCGCUCCUCGCCGACACGCAGCACAAGUGGCACGUUGUCGGCAUCACGCGCAACCCAGCGAGCAGGAGCAGCAAGGCCGUCGCGGCCCUCGGCGUAACCCUCGCCCAGGGCGACCUCGACGACCCGGCCUCGUACGCGCCAGCCAUGUCCGGCGCGUACGGCACCUUCAUCAACGCAAACUUCUGGGCGACGUACCGCGGCGACUCGGCCCCAGCGAAAGCCGCCGAGAUCCGCCAGAGCUCCUCCGCCGUCGACGUCGCGCUCGCGGCUGGUGUGCAGCACAUCGUCUACUCUGCCCUCGAGAGCUUUGCGCCCGCGCAGGAGCUGCCGCAUUUCGACUCCAAGGCUGAGGUCGUGGCCUAUCUCAAGGCCACCAAGGCCCCCGCCACUCCCCUCUACGCGUCCUACUACUACUCCAACAUCCUCGGCGGUCCGCGCGGCCCAGUGCUCAACCUCCCCUUCCCCGAGACGGCCGUCAUCCCCUCGUUUGACCCCGACCAGAUUGGGCUGUGGGCGCGCGCCGCGUUCCGCGACCCGGCCAAGUGGAUCGGCAAGGACAUGUACGCUGCCGGUGACAGCAUCACGCCCAAGGAGAUGGCGGCGGCGCUGUCCAGCGUCGUGGGCACCCCGGUGCGCGCGCUCAACCUCUCGCGCGAGGAAUUCAUGCAGCUCGACGGCGAUAUCGACCACGAGCUGUGGCUCAACUACCUCGCCAUUGUGGAGGGCCGCUGGCACCGCGACCCCAAGGCCAGUCGCGAGAUUGUGCCCGAGGCUUGGGACUUUAAGACGUGGGCUGAGAACACGCCCGAGGUGAGGGAGCGCUUCGGUGUGUAGUGCUCGGGCAGUAGUGGCGGCCAUAGGAGCGCUUGCUCGUCGAAUGCCCCUCGUGCAGAUGCCACUGUGCCUGCCUCGCUCGUGUCGACGACCAUCAAUCAGGCAGCAUGACACAGAGUAGGAACUGGCAGUAUUCAGGACCCAACCCUUAUUGUUAUGCAAUCAAGAAUGGCG